AUGCCUUGUGAGAGAGCAAAUGAACGUUCUAGAGGUGGUCGGUUUACAAGUUCUAAAGAUGGGCGGUCUGUAAGCAUUAGAGGUAGCGUUCAUUCUCAAGAUCCGUCUGAUAUUUCAGUUGUUAUUACUCAUCAAUCUGCAAAUCAAAUAACAGAUGCUACUGUUGCAAACACAAACCAAGUAAGAAAUCAGAGUGCAGUUGAUAAUCAAGAUAAAGGUUUCAAAAGUGUAAAUAAUAAUCAAGAUAUACGAGAAUCUUCUUUUAUAAUGAAUGAUAUAGAAGAAUCUUAUUCUAUUAACAAAAAAUCUUGUGUUGAUGAUGUCAAUGAUUUUGUAGAUGAUCAUCCCGAUACCCAUCAAAAUAUUAAUAAUUCUAUAAAAGAUUUAAACCCAAAUAUACCACAAUCUGGCAAACCUUUAAACAAUAAACCAAAAUUUAUUUUAUGUUACAAACCUUCAAUAUUAUUUUUGAGAUCACGUAAUCUUAUGCAAGAUGCUAUCGAUGCAUUAGUAAAAUCAAUCACCCCAGGUUUUAGUAAUACUAGUAGGAUGAUAACCUUUCUCAAAACAAAAUUAAAUGCAUAUAAUGUGGAUUACCGGUCACGUUUGAAUUCAGAAUCCAGAGCCUAUACUGAAGAUUACAUCAAAAAUAACAGUGUCGAUGUUUUUAGAUAUUUCAUUGCUGCAGCAAUAAGAAUACAUAUCAUUAAUGUCUUUAAAUGCAAUAACGAUCCUCACUUUACUAAUGCAUCGGCACUAAAUAAAGUCAAAUUGUUAAAUUAUAUAACAUGUGAACUUCAACUCCCUCAUAAUAAUUCAACAAACCUCGCAAAUGAAAUUGAUGCAAAUUUAUUAAAUGAUUCUUCAAAUAAACAAAGGCAUGGUCGUAAAUGUAGACGUGAAAAUGGACGUGAAUACAAUAGGAAUUUUAGAAGAAAAUAA